AUGGCAUCAAAAUUUUCUCCACGAAUGUAUCCAGAAACAGAAGAUAAUAUUCGUCCAGUACCACCUGUCCGAGCUGAAUUUCAAUAUAAUUCUCAAGAAGAACAACUACUACCACCAACAGCACCACCACGUAUGGAUGUACAAGGACAAGACAAUUCUUCUCGACCACAUCAGAAUGAAUGUCAUUGCAAGUAUAAUCGUUAUGCUACAACAAAAACGAUCGGUCAGGGUUUUUUUGAACUUGCGUUAAUUACAAGUAAUGCAAUGCAAUUACGAACAUUAUUAACUCAAAAACAACGUGAUGGAAUUUGGAUUGCAUCUCUCGUUCUUGUUUGUUUGUCAAUUCUUGCGCAGAUAGGUUUAACUUAUCUAUUGAUUAUUAUCGGUAAAGGUGAUAUUGAAAAUCCAGAUAAACAAACAAAAUUAGAAAAAUAUAAUUAUCUUGCAUUGUUCAUUACAAUAUUAAUAUCAAUAAUGAAUGUUAUUAUUAAUGUUUUUAUGUCAACAACAAGUCCAACAAGUUAUUUAGAUGCACAUUCGUUGGAAAUAUUAAAUAAACAAGCGUGA